AUGGCCGGCUUCCCUCUCCUCGUGGGAGCGGCAAGUCAGAUAGCAUACGAGGAGCGCAUCGACAGCAACAUCACCACCUUGACCACCACCAAUGCCGACACGCUCAAUGGACUCAUCCAGGGCCUAUUAUACGUUCCCGACAUCAGCCGAAUGCCGUCUUGUGAUACCCAGCAGUACGACUUCAUUCCCAGAAAUGUUACCCGCCGCGCCAACCUCCCUCCUACCAACUACAAUCUCAUCGCCCUUGCCCCUUGGUUCAGCAUAGACUGCACGCAGGCCUACCUCGCCGCCGCCCGCCUCGAUCCCAUCCGCGCCUUCAUCUUCUACAAGCCAAACAACUCCACCAACAAGCCUCAGGAUGUCAACUCUCCCGUCUGGAACCUCGAUGACGAUGGCGACUGGAAGAACCAGAACCAGUAUCCCAUCUUCGCCGUCUCGGGACUCGAGGGCCAGAAGAUGAUGACCCAGCUCAGCCUAUAUUCGGGAACCGUCGAGCAGAUUCCUCAUGGCCAGGAGAUUUCCCAGCUCUAUGGCCCCAACCCAAAGGACUACGUGCGAAUAUGGACCGAGUUGAACAUGAAGAAUCCCACCAACAUCCCCGCGCUGUGGAUAUUCUUCCUCAUUGUCAUUGGCGCCUUGCUCGCCGUCAUCGGUGGCACUUCGGUUGCCAUGCAUCUGGUUCAGAGGCGGCGUCGCAUCUCUCUCAGGCGGCGCGUCAUGUCUGGCGAGGUCGACCUGGAGGCCAUGGGCAUCAAGAGACUCACGGUACCGUCGACCUUUGUUCAGGGAUUCCCGCUCUUCACCUACAACCAGGAUCCGGACCAGCUCAGCGGCCAUUCGACGCCCUCCUCUCCAACCGUGCGAGGGGCAUCUCGCAGUGGGAAAUCCUCCAGGAGAAAGCAUCGACGUGAUCGAAGCGCUUCCAGUGAUAUCAUGUCCGCCAGUGAGCGCAGCAUCCGCAGCACACGGAGUGUGCGGAGUAAGAGGUCAAGUAUCACAGGAUCUGAUACCACCGCCACCAACUUCCAGCCCCGAUGCCACAUUUGCCUCGAUCCGUUCGAACAUCGCGUCACCGUCAUCAAGGAACUGCCCUGCGGUCACAUUUUCCAUCCCGACUGUAUAGACGAGUUCCUUCUCGAAAACAGCUCGCUAUGUCCGAUGUGCAAGCAUUGCAUGUUGCCCCGUGGCUACUGCCCUCCCAUCACCAACGGAAUGGUCCGUCGCGAACGCGCUCUGCGGAAGCUCCGAGGCAGGGUCGAUCUGGACUUUUCUUCUUUGGAGUCUGGCGAGAGCAAGCUCAAGGGCUGGGGCAAGAAGAUCUUCCAUCCGGGCAGCCAUGCAGCUUCGCCUGACGUUCCGAUGACGCCAGUCAGGGUCAACAAGCCAAGCAAAGAUGCCAGUGGGAAAAAGGCGUCGACGACAUCUUCUGAGCAAACUGUUGCGGAAACAGAAAUCAGAGAAAUAUCGCCAGCGACGCCGUCCGCGACAACGACGCUCACGGACGUGUCCGAAUCGGAAGAGGAUAACAUCAGGGAGACGCCAGCCGCGGUUACGCAAGCUCCGGCGCCGACGACACGAGCAAAGACCCGCAAGCCUCAACCUCGUGCCCUGAGGCUGCUGCCCACGGCUCCCGAAGGCGUCGAGUUGGUCAUGGCACAUCCUCCAGGUGGCCACAGCCCUUCUUCGUUUGCUCGAGAGCGCAUGCGGGAAAUUGCAAGCCAGAACGCGCCAUUCGACGAUCCGGACCUGAGACGUCCCAAGUGGCGGCGUGUCGUCUCGAGCGUAUUCCCUGGAUUCAUAUAA